AUUUUUUAAAUUAUAUUUUUCUACUAAUUUGAAAGAUGUCUGAAUCAUCUUUAGAAACCAAUCUAACCAAGUCCAUUUUGACUCUAAAAGAGCAGAACCCGAAUUCUUCAGAUGAAGACGGGGACGAGUCGGUGAAGCCCAAGAAGCACGUCACCUUCAACCGAGUGGUGCAGUACUAUGCCUAUUCGGACAAAAUGACCUGCUGGAGAAGGUGUCUUCUGGCCGAAAACGAUAUGCACAAAUGCCAAAUCCAGGACGAAGAGGACACCGAGACCUAGCCACGUUUAUGACUCGCUCUCCAUUUAUAAAAUGGGCCAGC